AUGACUCAAUCUCCGAUUCGCUUUUCUUUUCUUCCCCGCCGAAUCAUUUCCUGCUGGAACCCCGCCAACAGAAGACACUUUUCCACCACCCCUCCUGCCCUUCGCGCCAUUAUCCAGGAGUCCAGCAAGACAAAACCCAUAAUGGCUACAUUAACUACCAAGACCGGUCAGGUCGUUGACCGGUCCGUCUUGGAUUCCAUGCUCCGCCGCCGCCUAUUCUAUACCCCCUCCUUCGAAAUCUAUGGAGGCGUCUCUGGUCUCUACGACUAUGGUCCGCCCGGUUGCGCCGUCCUAAACAACAUUGUCGAGACAUGGCGGAAGCACUUUGUUCUGGAGGAGGAUAUGCUCGAGGUCGACUGCACAAUGCUGACCCCGGAGGAAGUUCUCAAGACUAGCGGCCACGUCGAUAAGUUCGCCGAUUGGAUGUGCAAGGACCCCAAGACUGGAGAGAUCUUCCGCGCAGAUCAUUUGGUGGAGGAAGUCCUCGAAGCUCGUCUCAAGGGUGACAAGGAGGCUCGUGGCCAGAAGGUCGAGGUUGAUGCAGAAAAAGAGGCGAAGAAAAAGAAGAAGGCCAAGAGUGUUGCUGUCAAGUUGGAUGAUGCAGUCGUCAAGGAAUAUGAGGAGAUUCUGGCGCAGAUCGACAACUUCGACGGACCUCAAUUGGAACAAAUUAUUGCCAAAUACGACAUCAGAAACCCUGUUACCGGUGGCAACCUCCUCCCCCCGGUUGCUUUCAACCUGAUGUUCCAGACUUCAAUUGGACCUAGCAGCAAUAUGCCUGGUUACCUGCGUCCUGAGACCGCCCAGGGACAGUUCUUGAACUUCCAGAAACUGCUCGAAUUCAAUCAACAGGCAAUGCCUUUCGCUUCAGCGUCUAUCGGCAAGUCGUUUCGAAACGAGAUCUCGCCUCGGGCAGGUCUUUUGCGUGUCCGAGAAUUUCUGAUGGCUGAGAUUGAGCAUUUUGUCGACCCCGAAGGUGGCAAGAAGCAUGCGCGUUUCGAGGAGGUCAAAAAUAUUGAGUUGACGCUGCUUAACCGAGACGUGCAGCUGUCCGGAAGCACCAAGACUGAACGGAUGACUGUCGGAAAGGCUGUUGAGACAGGAUUGGUGGAUAACGAGACUCUUGGAUACUUCCUCGCCCGUAUCCAGUUGUUCCUGCUCAAGCUCGGUGUUGACCCCACCAAGCUCCGCUUCCGCCAACACAUGGCCAACGAGAUGGCCCACUAUGCAUGCGACUGCUGGGAUGCUGAGCUAUACACUAGUUACGGCUGGAUUGAGUGUGUUGGCUGUGCAGACCGCAGCGCAUAUGACCUUAAUGUGCACAAGAACAAGACUGGUGCCCCUCUGGUCGUUCGGGAGACUCGCGCAGAGCCAUUGAAGGUCGAGGAAUGGCAAAUUGAGCUGGACAAGAAGAAGUUCGGUCCUCGCUUCAAGAAAGAUGGCAAGACCGUUGAGGCUGCCAUUGAUGCUUUGUCUCAGGAGCUUCGGGAGAAGCUGGCUCUUGACCUCGAAAAGACUGGCAAGAUUGAGGUUGGAUAUAUCAUCACGAUUGAGAAGCGCACCCGUGUUGAGAAUGUUCGGGAAUACACCCCGAACGUAAUUGAGCCAUCAUUCGGUAUUGGCCGUAUUCUAUACAGUCUUAUGGAACAUGUCUACUACUACCGUGAAGGCGACGAAGCGCGUGGCGUUCUUUCGUUCCCUCCCGUGAUCGCUCCUACUAAAGUUCUCCUCGUACCCUUAUCGAGCAAUCCCGCCUUCCGCCCUAUGGUCCAAGAACUGACGACCAAACUUCGACGGUUGGGCGUCUCCAGCCGUGUCGAUGAUUCCUCCGCCAGCAUUGGUAAGCGAUACGCACGCAACGACGAGCUCGGAACACCGUUUGGUGUCACCGUAGACUUUCAGUCUGUCAAGGACAAUACUAUCACGCUGCGUGACCGCGACUCCACAAAGCAGGUGCGCGCGAGCCAGGAAGAGAUUCUGCAGGCUCUCAAGUCUCUGGUAGAAGGAGAAGAGACCUGGGAGGAUGUCCGGAAGCGAUUACCUGAGUUUACUGGCCAGGAGGUGGAUUAGAUUCAAUAAUUCUGGCUAAAAUAGAAGAGACCAAUCUCUUUCACUGUC